UCCCGGUCGUGAUGAACCUGCUGAGCUCCAGACAGAUGAUGAACACCUCGUUUGAUCCCCUGCGGAUCGUCAACACGUACGGAGCCUUUGGCAGUGUCACUAAGGAGCGGACGGAGGUGGUGUUUCAGGGCACGCUGAGCGUCAAUCACACCGGAGAGGAGGUUAUAUGGGAGGAGUAUGAGUUCCUGUGUAAACCUGGAGCUCUGGACCGAAGGCCGUGCCUCAUCUCGCCGUAUCACUACCGGCUGGACUGGCUCAUGUGGUUCGCUGCGUUUCAGACGUAUGAGCAGAGCGAGUGGGUUAUUCACAUAGCCGGCAGACUGCUGGCUAAUGACUCGACAAUUCUUUCCCUGAUGGGACACAACCCGUUCCAGAACAGAGAGAAACCGAGGUAAAACUAAAUACUAAACAUCAGAUACAA